CCGGCUGUUCGUCACUUGCAGGUUGGUCCCAGGGCCUCUAAUAUGGGCCCCAUAUUAGAAGCAGUGGUUCCGAACAGCAAGGGUGUGGGGCAUGCCCAAGGGAAAUCAGUAGAGGGGGCCAAGAGCCCUCGCAGGCGGUCGGACGGCCGUGUUGACCCUGCAGGUUCCGCAGUGUCAGGAGGUGGGGGAGGUGGUGUGCUGGCUGGUCGACAGCCUGCACCGGCUGCUGGAGCUAGUGCUGUCGCCGUGCCGCAGGGUCCUGAACCUGUCGCUACCAAAGUAAUCGUCUACAUCGAUGGAUUUGACGACUAUGCAGGGAGGCCACUUGUCGAUGCUCUGCGCAGUGCGGGGUUCCUUGUCGUUGGCCCUCAAGAUCUGGGAGGUAGGCUUACGGAGAGCUCGAGGACAGUCUACGACCCACAGCCAUUGCUUCCUCCCCCACCGCCACCUCCGCCGGUCACAGAGCCAACUGAACAGGCCAAUGGUGGUCCCGGUCCUCAGCAAGUUGGCAAUUCCACGGAGCCGAACGACAUGAAAACCAGCGAAUCCGAUCCUGCAGUAAUUGCAAAGGACAGCAACCUACUGGAUGAUAAGGCAGAUAAGACAUCGGGUGGUGGCAUGGGAUCGGGACCGAGAGCGACUGGAGGGUCGUCGAACGCUGUUACUUCCGGAUCCACGAAAGCUCACCCGGGAGGAGAGGGCCCAUCUCAAACUCAGGUCCCAGGGAUCGCAGGGCUCAGAGUGGACUUCCAGUCGGCGUCUGGUUCAAGUUCGGCUCCAGGAAUUGAUACCAACCAUCCGCUUCCUGGCGUAUCCGAUUCCUCGCUUCAUCCUUCUGCCAUUCCAGGAUUAGUCGAUCCAAACCAUCCACCUGUCGGCGGCGAAUCGACGGCCACCACUGAUCUGGCAACUGGUAACCAGGGCCAGAGAUCCCCAAGCAUCAUAGAGCCAGAGUCUGCGCAAGCAACUGCAAAAGUGGCGAUCGAAUCCGCAGGGGAGGCGAGUGCGGAGCUUGCACAGAGAAUUUCUGGGGCAGCGGCUGCAGCCAGCCAUGACAGCAACUCUGAUACUCAUGCCCAUCCAUUCAUAUAUCCAUACAAUCGUUUCCGAGCAUUCACAUUUACGGAGAGAGUGAUACAACAACAGGCAUCACGCCAGCCGGAUAUUGCUACUCGGAUGAAACCAGAUUAAGUAUAGCCGGGGGCCCAAAAAAAACAAAAUUAUCUCCAAAAA